UUUUUAGUCACCAGCCAAUGUGUUUGCCUGAAGACUGAAGAGUCGAGCUUGGUGGGAACGGAUACUCUAGGCCUAUAGACCCUAUGACUGGCUAUUGAUCUAAACUGUGUGAAUUUGGGUUUGUUAUUUAUUGUAGAUGAACGUACUUGUUUUCUACAUAUGAAUGAAUCAUUUUUAGGUUUAUUUUUUUAAAGAUAUAGGUUCUUGUCGCCCUGCCUCAGCAACAGCGAACGCUGGUCGAUAAGCCGCCGUGUCUUCAGCCUAUGACUGUGAAGACGAGAGAAGUUGCAAAGCUCUGUGGUUGUGGUGGAAAGACGACGAGAAACGGAGGAUUUCAGCUUUUCUGACGACAGCAGUACGGUAUACUACAUUCAAGUCUACAAAGAGUCGCCCUGUCCCUCGCUGUGUCGAGUAUGGAAUUGGUAGGCACUUCCCUUCGAAAAGCAGAUUACAAUUUCAGAUCUUGAAGACCCACCACUCACCCCAUUGCAUUGGAACGUCGGCAACGGCAGUCGGCAGCCCGUCCGUCAGUCCGUCCCACCAGCAAAGACAGGAAAAAGAUGGACGAUUACGACCCUGCAUGCCCUACAGAGGACGACAAUCAAGGGGUAGCAUUUGACCUGUCUCAGGUGCCACUCCCACCCUCUGUGCCUGCUGCCUCAACACGCAGUAGUAGGCGAUCUUCAGGGUCCCAGAUCGAAAUGAAAGAUGAUGACCGGAGAGGAAAACGGAAGAAGAAGAAAAAGAAAAAAAGAAACGGGGAAAGCAGACUGUUUGAUCCAGCAGAUGAUGACGAAGAGGAAGAAAAAGAGAUUCUGAAAGAGAUGCUCCAGUGUUGGAACCAGAAGCCGAACAUGCACAGAGACUGGAUGAUGAUGUGUCUCAAGGACCCCCUGAUCUUCCAGUGGAGCCCACACAUCCUCAGAGGACAACCAGAUCAUCGUCAUCGUCUUCUGUGUCUUUAACGCCAUCAACGCCUGCUUCUGCACCAGGCGCUCUGCAAUUUAAGCUGAAAACAGACCCAAAUAGUGGCAAGUCUAAAGUGUCUUUCCAGCUGAGAAGGAGCCUCCGCAAUAAUGCCCUGAAAGUGGCUGAUGAUGAGGACAAUGAGGAAGAGGCGAAAAUCGCUGAGGAUAAUGCCAAAGGUCCUGGAGAGGCCGUAGAAGUUUUGGAGAAAAAGGCGGCAGAUGAAUACGUACCCACGAGAUUCAAGGUUGCCAAGAAGCAUGACAUGUUUCGGCCGGACAUAGUGCCUACCAAUGUGACGGUUGUUUUCAGCUCGGCUGGUAUAGGUGGUGGUGGGCCGAUCGUUGAACCAAGUAGUCCAGCACCUAGACUUGUCCCUCAGCCCCCUGCUCCAACUGGGGCAGAACUACCUACCUCAGACGAUUCAGGUCACAAGCCCCUUGGUGCUCUUGUAAAUGCUGGAGAAGAGGUCAAGACAUCAGAGAAAAUUGAUGGAGACACGAGAGGAAAGGGAGGAGAUGAGAAAGAGACAAGCUCUGUUACUGUCAAGGAAGGUCAGGAAGUUACAGAUAGGGAGAGUGCUGGGCAGGAUAGUAGAACUGAUCAAGAUUUGUCCCGUGAUGAGCGCCGAAGCAAAAGGUCAGAUACAAGGAAAGAUUUGGAAAGGGGGAGUAGCAAGGAAGACAAAGCUGACUCUCCUUCUCAGCACAAUACGAGGCAAAGAAAGAGAGAAGAGAAAAGUGAAAAGAAAAAGUCCGACCGAGAUGAUGAUGAUGGAAGAAGAAAACGCAGGGAAAGUAGAGACAGGGAGGAGGAGGAGAGACCCCGGAGGCAGUCAACAAGAUCUUCGUCGAGGUACAAGAAAGAUGUAAGUGAUGAUGAAAGCAAAGAUUAUGAUAAAUACAGCGGUAAGAAUCGGCGUUCUAACAGACAGAGCAAGAGAGAUAAAGAAGAGGAUGAGGACAGGGUUGAUAGUGACACAGUGCAGAGGUCUUCUAGAAGACGGCAGGAGGAUUCUCCAAAGCGCUCUCGGUCUCGAGGUAGCCGGAGGCAGAGCAAAAGUCCUAGUCGAGAACGAAAGCGCAAAAGUGUCAGCCCAGUUCAUGACAGGGUUUCAAGGAAAUCAGAAAGUGGGAGGGGUGGAUCAAGAAAAUCUAGUCCUGGCGGUCGCCGAAGAAGUGACAGUAGUGAUGGAAGUGAAGAGAAAGAAAAAUCUGAGAGGAAAGAAGAUACUGUAGAUGAAUCGGGUGACGGUAAAAGUGAGAAGCAAGUCAAAAAGAUUGUUCUUCAAAGGUCCCGAAAUUCAGGUGAUUUUGUAGUAGCUGAAAGCAAGCUUGGGGAAAAUGAGGAUAGCAGAAGUAAAGUUGACAAAAAGGAGGAUGAUGGCCAGACUCCUUCUGAAGAGGUAAAGGCUGGUGAUAAAAAGGAGGAAGGCUUUAAAAAAAAUGUGGAGGAGGAGGAGGAAGUCUCAGAAAGGAAAAAAGGAAGCAGUAAAAUGUCUUCUCCGAAUGAUAAAGAUUCUCAUGAAAGUAUUGCUCAGGCUCAAGACCAGGUGAGAGUGAAACAACAGAAAGAACUACCUGCAGAGGAAAGUAAAAUGGUUGACAAAGCAUGUUCUGAUAAAAAGGACAAAAAACUGCAUAGAAGAGACAAAACAAAAAGGCACUCAUCCUCAACUGAAGAAGAGGAAGACAACGAGGAGUCAAAACGACGUUCUCUUAGAGGUCAGGCUCGAGGCGAGAAGAAAGAAUUGGAGAAAGUAAAACAUAAGAACUCUCCAGAGGAAAGAAAAGAAGGAAAUGAUUUAGUUACUGAUAAAAAGGGGGGGAAAAUGGGGGAAAAGUCAAAAUCAAGACACGACUCUUCUUCUUCAUCAGAGGAAGAGAAUGUCUCCAGAGAGUCAAAACGUCUUUCACUUAGAAGUCAGUCUCGUGAUGGGGAAAAGGAACGUGAGAAAAUGGGAAGAAGGAGAGAAAAGUCACCUGUAGAAGGUAAAGCGAUGAAUGAUGCAGUUGUUGAUGAAAAGGAAAGAAAACUUAAGAAGAAAGACAAAGCAAAAAGAAGGUCAUCUUCCUCUGAGGAAGAGAAAGAUGAUGGAGGGUCAAAAGCACAUUCACGGAAAAGUCGACACAGAGAAGAGGUAUCCCCUGAGCAGGUCCCCGAAAAGGCAAGUGCAAGCAGACAAGGUUCUUGUGCUGAUGUGGACAUGAGAGAUGAUAACGGGGGUGGUUCUGAGGCUAGAGUUGUUCCAGAAUCUGAAGGAAAGCCCUCCCAUCAGCUGAUCCCCAAGCAGGUGUUUGAGCCGGCGCUUCCACCAGAGCAGGUCUUGGUUGAUGUUUCCGCCCUUCCUGGCAAGAGUAAAUGGGAGCUUGAUGAGGAAGAAGAGGAACAGCAGAGGCUGGGAGGUGGGAGGAGGUCAAGAUUUCAUGAUGCGUCUGAGUAUGUUGAGCCUGUGCGGAGGUUUGAACGAGUUGUUGCACCUGUCGAGGUUGAACGUAGCUCCCGUUCAGGCGGGAUGGAGUGGGGGGGUCGCGUGGGUGGGAUGCGAGUGGGUAAAGUGCGAGAGAGCAGUAGCAAUGAGGAGGAGGUAACUCAUGAGCUGAAGAAACAGAAAGAGAAGAAAAAGCACAAGGUAAAGAGCAAGUCGGAGAAGAAAGCAAAGAAGAAGAAAAAGAAGCAGGAGGAAAGUGGGGAGGAGUCUCAGAAAAACCUCGAAGGUGAUAAAGAGAUGGUGCAAGAUACUGAAGAGAGAGAAGAGCAAGAGAAAAUGGAGGAAAGCAAAAGUCUUGAAGUCAAGAGUGAGACCAAGGAGAUCAGUGAAGAGGAAAAAGUUCAUUCGGUCAAGAAAUCUGGAGGAACAAGUAAGAUAGUGGAUUAUCUGAAGGGUUAUAGUGAAAAAAUGGUGACAGAUGCCUCACAAGAGGAGAAGCCAGAGAGUGUGCCUGAAACUGAGGUUGAUUCCAAAGCCAAAGAAAAAAUAGAAGUAGAUGAGAAGACAGAUGUUGAGAAGUUAAAGACAGAAGAAGAGAAAGUAUUUAAUUCACCUAGUCCAAGUGAAGUGGAGGGUGAUAAAAAAGAGAUUCCCUCCGUAGAUAAACAGCAAGAUUCAAAUAUUUUGUUGCCUCCUAAUAAAAAAGUAGAUAGAGAAACUGAGGAAAAAGACCAAGUAGAAUGUUCAACUGACAAUGCUGUUAUUAUCGGCACAGAGGUCUCAGAUGAGAAGCCACAUGUUGAGCAAAAAGCAGAGAACAAUCAGGAAGCUGAGGUGAAUGAUAUAAUUGUUGAUGUUGGGGUUGAUUCAGGCUUAAGUGGAGAUAAAACCAACCUUACUGAAAAAGAAGGUUCGAUUGUUAAGGCAAAGGAAUUGCACUCUAAAACCAGAGUUGAAGAAUUAGUACAGAAGGAAAGGGUGAGAUCUCUUUCAAAAGAUCGGAGUGAACGAUCAGACUCAAAAUCUUCUCAGAGAAGCAGAGAAAGGCGAGAGAGGUCGAAGUCAUCAGACAGGUCAAAGUCUUCAGAAAAAUCAAAAAGGAGUAAUAGGGCCAAGUCACGGUCAAAGUCACUGUCUCCUGGACGAUCAAGACGUGGGAACCGAGAAAAGUCUCGAUCAUUCUCCCCGCAACGUUCAAAGAAAAGUAAGAGAGGACAAUCAAGGUCUCCAGAGAGGCGGAAAAGGAGCAACAGAGAGAAGUCACGGUCAAAGUCUGUAGAGCGUUCAAAAAGAAGUAACAGGGAAAGAUCCAGGUCCCCAUCAGAGACUAAGAGAGUCUCCAAGAGAUCUCAGUCUAAAUCUCCUAAGAGAAGUGGGCGUGAUCGGAGAGAUAGGUCAAGGUCUCUAUCCUCAGAUCGGCGGAGACGUAACAGGAGGUGGCGAUCCAGGUCGCGAUCAAAUGAAAGAUAUCGUAAGCAAAGAAGUCCAGAUAUCUACGGCAGACGGGACAGAGACAGGUACAGAAGGGAUCGCUCCAACUCUGGUGAGAGGCGUCGCCGUAGAUGGGGCAGUGAAAGUGAUGAGAGGGAAAGUUCUCGCUCCGUGCGAAAUCGCAGACAAAGGAGUACUUCGCGAGACUCUGAUGUGCAGGAAAUUGGUUCUCAGCCUGGUAUAUUAGAAAAGGGGAAGGCAAGCAAAGAAACAAUUGUUGUGGAGGAUGAUGAGGAUCAAGUGAGUGCCAUUGACAUUGCUUCCAUACCUAUACCUGGAGAAAUUCCUUUGCCUGGUGAGACAUCUGUAGACACAAAGAGUAAGGAAGUUCAGCAAUCUUCUGCGCCAAAUGAUGGUCUUGUAGAUAACCUCGAAGAUGCCCCUAUGGAUAUUUCAGAUGAAGAGGAAAGAUGCGAAGAUGUUAAGGAAAAGAACGAAGGCUCUGUCAUCAUUAGGCCUGAAAACGAGCAGGAAAAAGAUAUAGCCAACAAAAGUUCAGCCGUGAGCUUGGCUGUGAAGACACCUACUAAUGUUUCACAGGUGGAGAAACGUUCAAACUUGGCUGUUAAUCCCUCUGGAAAAGAGAGACAGAUCAAAUUUUCCUUUUUUGGAAGCAGUAAGAAACUGAAGCCUGUGGUUGCCACAAGUAUACUGGAUGAUGAUGACAGUGUGGUGGAGAAGAAAUCAGCCAUUAGUCUACUGGAUGUAGAAGAGACCAAACAAACCUCAGAGAGCCGUGUAUGUGUUGUGGAGCAGGAAAAUGUGGCCAAAGCUGCAGACAAUCCAAAUAAUAGUAACUUGGAAAAUAAUCUAAAGAACGUAGAAAAAUCAGCUGCUGUGAAGGAGGGUUUUGAUGAGCCAGAGGUGGUUUCAAAGAAUUUAACAUCAAAGACAAUUGAUGAGGAAAGUAGUGCCACGAAGGAAAAAGUGUAUUUAGAGGCCAGUGGAGUACCAGACCUUCUCGUGUCCAAAUCUGAGGCUAAGACAAAUUUAUCUGUUCCGUUGGAGGAUCUCUGCCAGCCACAGGAAGAGGAUACGGAGGAGGUUAGCUUGUUAAGUGAUCAUGAAGAUUCCAAGGUGCCAAACUCUUCCGACAUGAAAACUGAAGAAGCUGUUAAGGAAGAGGACUCCCCACCCAAGAAGCUGAAGUUCAAGUAUGUUCCAUUGUGGGAGAUGGAGGGUGAGAACAAAAAACCCCAGGCUUUGCUUGAGGAGGAGGAGAAACUAAAAAAGUCCAAACACCCUCUUGGGCUGGCUUUGGAUUAUGACAGUGAAAGCUCUGAUGAGGAGGGUCAGAAAGAGGGAGAGAAGAUGUCAGCAUCUCUUCUCCAGAAUACUGCUAGUAAUGAGAAGACGCGAGAAACGCCAAGUGGGACUGAUGAUGUGAGGUCCACAGAGAUGCAAGGCAAGGCAGAUACAGGAGUGCUGAAAGAAAGAUAUGGCAAAACAGAUGCAGUGAUAGUAGAGAUAAAAGAAAGUAGAACUGUAAAAGAAGUGAAAGGACAUGUUUUAGAAGAGGCAAAAUUAACUGAAACAACAGUCACCACUCAGAUGGGGAUGGGGGAAAAAGAUGUUGGCAUGAAGAGAGAAAUGCACAAAGACGUAGAAAUGAAAGAUGAUAUUUUAAAGGACCAAUGUAUAGAUGCAGAAAAAGAUAGUUCUUUGAGUGUUGAUGUGAAAGACAAUGUACAUGUGAAUGUGAAAUUAGAUAAAAGUAGUAAAGAAGGAGAGGAAGAAUGUGUAGCCCUUGAUAGGGGAAAUGAACCUUAUUCACCAUCUCAGUCAGAUGUAGAGGAGCCGUAUUCACCUUCCUUUCCUUCCAUGGAAGAUUUAGAUGGUACUGGUCCAAGUAUAGAGCAUAAACCAUUGAAGUUUGCCCCAGGACAAGAGGACAAAGAGGAAAAGGGACACACUCCAUUGUCAAGUGAUGUACAGGUCUCUACUGCAGCUCUUUUACAACAAGCUGUGAAAACUGCUGGAUUGUCUAGUGCAUCGGUAUUAGGUGGUCCAUCUGCUUUGCUACAAGGGGUAGCUGGUGUGUUCCCACCAGUGAUAGGGACUGGCUCUGCAGGGCUGCAGACAUUCCCACAGCCCGUGGCUCCAGUGAUGUUCCCAUUGACAGGUGUCCCGAAACCUGUCCCCCCUCCAGCUGUCCGUGGGAUAGCCCCAUUGAUGGGGCAGACUCCAGCCCCAGUGCCCCCUCCACUCGUUGUUGGGGGAGUUCAAGUUCCAGGCCAGGUGCCUGCCCCAAGUUCUAUAGGGAUCCAGACCCCAGGCCUUGUGCCCCCUCCGGUCGUCCCGGUUCCAGCCCCAGGGGUUAAGUUCUCAGGUGUGGGAACUAUUCCAGCGUCCACCGUUCCCCAGCCUGUGCCUCCCCCUCUCCUGCAGUCUGCAGUGACUGUAGCCCCAGGUGUGCCAAGCCUUCCUGUUGGAUCUCAAAGCACUGGGUUGUUGAGCACUUCUGAACCAGUCAACUGGGGUGCUCAGGCAGCCUCAGUUCCUCCACCUGGUCAGCCCAUCGGUGCUGCUGUAGUACCAGCUCCCCCAUCAGUAUCGGCAGUUUCUGAUCUUAUUCCUACUACCCAAGGACAGGUGACAGGUGUAAGCCCUGCUGUGAUCCAGUCAAUGGGCACAACAUCUGCACCAGCUGCUGCCGCCCCAGUCAGGUUCCGCGUGUCUCGCUUCCAUCAGGGUCCUGCUGCUGGGGUCACGGGAGUGGUUGUGCCGCCACCCACUGUGUCUGUUCCCAGCCUGCACACCCCAGCCACUGUCCCCCCUGUAUGGGGAGGGCCUGGCAUGGUCAGCAUUGACACUCCAUCAGUGACGACGGGAGAUACCUCUACAGUAUCAAAGUCACAGCAGAGCUUAGUCUCAACCAAGUCUGCUGUGGUACCAUUGAAACCAGCAGUCAGUAUCUCAACUGGUAGUAAGCGGCCUAAGUUCACAUCUAUUCUGUCUCAGCCCAAGAUUGAAGACCCAUCAGUUCUUCAGUCACUGGGAAUAAAGCCUGCUGUGAAGACGCUGUCUAAAGAAGUAAUAAGUAAUCCACAAGGCAAGACUGUAGAGGUUACAAGCACAUCCACAGAGAGGUUGAGUGCUAUUUUGAAGGAACAGUCUCUGUCGCUUUCUGAGGACUGUAAAAAAGACAGCCCUGAUAUUGCCACACUAAGUGGGGUACCUGUUGAACCGUUCCAGAUAAAGUCUGGGCUUGUUGAUGAAAUCAGAACUGUGGAGAAAGAUCCAAAGAAGUCUAGUGACUCCUUGAAAGAUAUGAACACUGAGAGUCAUACUAUAGACGAGAAAACAGAGCUGUCAACCACUAAAGACGAGGGUACAGCUCGUGAUGGUGGAAAAGUUUUGAAUGUUCCAAAACCAGGCCUAGUGCUCACCAUUAACCAGGUGGAGAGACAGGCAGAGGUGAUGGAAGCCUCAUCUACUCUCUAUGACAUUGACACUGACAGUAUACCAUUGCCAGGUGUCGAAGCAAAGCCACCAAUGACUCAGACCCCUGCUCCCCCUGCCCCCUCAGGGAAUAUAUUAACUGAGCAACUGUCACAACCUCCACUCCCGGUGCAGCCGGCUGUUACUUCUGCCCCACCCUUACCCGAAAGCCCAGCUCCACCACCACCUGUCCAACCACCUCUUCCGGCCCCAGAGGAGGAUGUGACUCUUUCUUCUACGGCAGCAAAGAGUCAAACGCCAAACACUGCAGAAAAGAAUAAAAAAGUUUAUCAGUCCCCUUUGGCCAUAGGUUUGCUACCGAAGGUGACAAGCAUUCAGUCACCUUUGUCCAUUGGCCCAUUACCAACGGUCCCACCAGAGCGUCCGGCCUCUCAGUUGUCCUUUCCAUUAAAACAGAAACUGUCUCAAAUCAGUUUUGGUAACAAGAUGAAAAAAAGUUCUGGGGACAAAGAUGAAGAUAUGAAAGGCAACCAAAGUCAACAGGGCUCCUCCGCUUCUAAAAUUCACAUAGUGCUGAAGAGCAAGUCAGCUGUACAGAAAACUGUGGUUCCAGGCUUUGAAGAUGAAGGCAGUGAUGAUGGGUCAGCUGGUGACACGCUGGCUGAUAUAUUUUCAGAUGGGGAGACACUUCAGAAAACUAACAGAGAGGAAGAGCAGGAGCAGCUUUUAUCUUCUGAUCAUGCUGCAAGGGCGUCCGAGGUUGAAGUGUCAACAGGUGCUGUCUCUAGAAGUAAAGUAGAUGAGACUGCUUUCUUGUUGGAUUCGUUGCAUAGUGUGAGUGGUUCAGCAGAAGCAUCUUCUGGAACUGAGGUAAACAGUCAUGGGUCAAAAGGUACUACAGUAGUUGAUGUGGAGGCUUUCCCAGUGCAGGUGAUCACAAGCUCUAGGAAACAGGAAGAAAGCUCAAGUACUGCUUGGCCAGAGUUCACUGCUGGGGAGAGCAAAGGGAAGGAAGCCGUACCAGAGAAAGAGACUGCAGACAGGGAUGACUCCAGGGACAGCAAAGAGAGGUCGCGAGAUCGUCACAGGAACAGGGAUGAUAGCCGAGAUGAUGGGAGAAAGAGAGGUGAUGAUAAAGAUCGUAGGAGGGCUGACGAUAAGAAAAAGAAGUACAAUGAUGGAGAUGACAAUGAUGAAGAGCAGAGAAGUAGCAGGAGAGGUGAUGUUGCAGAGGAGGAGAGAGGACUAGUGAAAAUAAAGAAAGAAAAGGAUGAUGGGUCAUACUAUGGUAAAAAGCGAAGAGAAGAUGAAAAAGGUGACAGCUAUUCAGAGAAGAAGUCCGAAAGAAGAAGGGGAGAUGAUGAAGACUACAGUCGAACAAGAAGACGAAAAAGAAAUGAUGAAGAGGAUUAUGAUGAUAAGUCUGGUAGAGGAAGGGAGGAGGAUAGCAGAAGAAAAAGUCGUGAGAACAGGGAUGACGACAGAAAGAGGAGGCGUUAUGAUGAAGAUGAGGAAGAUUCUCGUAGGGGUCGCCGCUUUGAACGUGACAGAAGUCGUGAACGGGACAGGAGCCGUGAAAGAUCAGGACGGGGUGAUCGUGAUCGCAGCCGUGAGAGGGAUCGUGGCAGCAAGUCUAGCCGCGGUGGCUUAAAACGAAGUCGACGAUCAAGAGAAAGAAGCCGCAGCUCCAGCCCACCCCGCAAGAGAGAACGCAGCUGGGACAGGUAUGAGAGGAACCGUAGUCGAGAUAGAAGCCAAAGUCGCAGCCCAAGUCGUGAUAGAGAUAGGAAAAAUCGCGAUAGCAGGGGACCAAGCUCCCGCAGGAAAGAGGGCAAGUCUUUCAAGGAUGAACUCCUGGAUGAGUUCAAGAAACUGGAUUCAAAGUCAGGCUCAGGCAAGACGGGAGCCCAGGAUGAUCUUUUUAAGGUGGCAGCAAUUGGCUCAUCUGCAUCGAGUUCUUCUCUGUCCUACAUUUCUGAUGCUAGUAUGAUUCCAUACCCAGGCGAGCCUGUGCAAGCUUAUCAGGGUGACCCCAACUACCCCGCCGACCCGUCCUUGUAUCCAGUCCACCCAACUCCACAAGUCCAGGCAACGGGGACAGACAUGGUGGGAGCGUACCCCGGUCAGGAUGCAGCCUAUAGCUCUCAGUAUUCUGGGUCCUAUGACCCCCAACUGUAUGGCAGCACUCAACCGUCCUGGCCUCAGUCUGGACUGCACCAGGAGAUACCCUCACAAGACCAGGCCCAGAUGUAUCCUCCGCAGGUGUCGGAGCACCAGCAGUAUCCGUUCCACAGCCAGCAGCCGCCGCACCAUCCUCAGCAGCCACAGCAUCUCCAGCAACAGCAGCAACACAUGCAUGUGUACCCCCCUCAGCCACCACCCAUUUCUCAAUACCAGGGUCAACAGCAACCCCAAGACAUGUACCAGCCUAACCAGCUACCCCCCGUGGCUCCAAUGGCACCAGGCAGCCCACUCAUUCACACCAGUACAGACCAACAGCCUUAUUCUGCUGCUCCAGCUCCCCACAGUGCAUCACUUUCAUCAUCCUUAGUCUCAUCUCUGACUUUGUUAAGCAACCAGCUCUCCCAGCAAUCGGGACAUUUUAGUGGAACACCCGGAGGCCCCCCAAGCUUCCCCAAAGAAACACACUCUCAGUUUUCUGCCCCUGGGGGCAGCAACUCCACCCAAGUGACCUUUGAAAUGACCCCAGGCGCUGGCAUUCCUUCCCCUCAGGCUCGAGGACCCCUUCUCAAAACCCCUCUCCUGCCUGUCCCAGGCACACCUCCAAACUCAUUUGGAAGCUCUCAUUUCUUUUCUCCUGUCCCUCAGUCUGAUCCGAAGGUCAGCAAAAAGCCAGUGUUCAGUGUACCUUCUGUGACCAGCAGCUCUUCUCCUGCUCAUGGGAGUCCAGUGCUUAAAGCUGUGCCGUCCACUUCUAGUUCGCCGGCUAUUGACUCGUCGACACCUCGGUCUGGGCGACGCAGGUCCACUCGCUGGGGAGCCCCUCUUACAGAGGAGCCAUCCUUUGAGACAUCUAGUCUAGCCGAACCAGUAGAUGUUUCUGACAAGGAUAGCUCUGUCAAGCAGAAGCCAUCUGUGCGGGCUGAAAGUAAAGUGGUUGAGGCUGUGAACGAGUCAACCGUGUCUUCGUCUGGUGUUGAGGACAGUACAGGGGACACUGGCAGUGACUCUGGCACAGAUACAGUCCACAAGCCUCUCAAAGUGAAGUCACGUUGGCGCAGGAACAGCGAGGCAGAAGCUGUGGGAGCGGAUACGUCCACCCCUCCCCUCUCCUCAGAGACGCCUGCCCCUCCCAUGCCUCUGGCUAAACAGCUGCUGACUCGCACCUCAGUGGCUGCCUCCAGCCCUGCCUCAAGCCCAACGCCUGACUCCUCCCCGCGGGAAACGCGACGGACAAGGUCUAAAGCAACCUUGGUGCAGAAACUGGCUGAUGGCACUCCACCACCACCCCCUCCAGCACAGAAGAGAUUGAAAGGGGAAGAGGAAGCCAAUACUGACAAGAUGGUACUGGUGGAAACGUCAGCAGUUGAAGAGGUUACUAACAAGGAGAACGAAGAAAAACGGGACCUGGCCAGUAUAAUAGCUCGACCUGACUUUCCCAAGUUUGAAAUCAUCACAGAGAAUAUUCAUCUCACAGAAAGGAAAAGGUCAAAGAGUAUGAAGAGAAUGCAAUGCGACUGCACAACAUCACGAGAAGACCGAGCCAUGGGCAUUGAACCCUGUGGCUCUGACUGUCUGAAUAGAAUGCUCAUGAUAGAGUGUGGAUCACGCUGUCCUUGUGGGGACUAUUGCACAAAUAAAAGGUUUCAGAAGAAACAGUAUUCAAAUGCUUUGCCUUUCAAGGCAGGGGAUAAAGGUUGGGGACUGAGAGCUGAAGAAGAUUUCUCUGAGAAGGGCACAUUCAUCAUGGAGUAUGUUGGUGAGUUGCUGGGCUAUGAAGAGUUUGUGCGUCGCACACGUCAGUAUGCCAAGACAAACCUCAUCCACCACUACUUCAUGGCACUGAACGCCGACGAGGUCGUGGAUGCCACACUCAAAGGCAGCAUAUCACGCUUCAUCAACCACAGCUGUGAUCCCAACUGUGAGACUCAGAAGUGGACUGUCAAUGGGGAACUUCGAGUUGGUUUCUUCACCCGUAAAGAGAUCAAGGAAGGAGAAGAGCUGACAUUUGACUACCAGUUUGAGCACUAUGGAGAGCCCCAGAAGUGUUACUGUGGAUCAGAAAAUUGUAGAGGGUAUAUCGGACUUGUGAAGUCUACAUCGAAAACGAAUAAGAAGAAGGACAAGAAGAAGAAGGAGAUAUUCAAAGAUGAACUGCUUGAGGAGGACAUUGAGAAAUUGUCCUCUCUAGAUGGUAUGAGGAACAAGAAGGAUGUCCUGGAGCUCUGUCGACUCAUGGUCAGGGCAGAGAAGGUGCAGCAUCGCAUGGCUUUACUCAAAAUCAUCCAGGAUACGAGAGAGACUGCCUGUCUGCGUCUGUUCCUCGACUACCAUGGUCUGUCUCUGUUUUGGAGCUGGAUGACAGACAUUGGCACCUCGGACUGCUCUGAAGAAGUGACGGAACUCAAGAUUGUGAUUCUGACUGUUCUAAAGAACUUGCCCAUCACCAACAAAACCAUCCUAAGGGAGAGCAAAGUGCUGGAUGCAGUAGAGAGGUGGGCUGUGGCUGCCGUUGCUGCUGCCAGAAAUCCUCCCCCGCCGCCCCCUCCCACUUCCACCACCCCACCAGCAGCAUCUACCUCAGCCCUUACCCCUGCUGGUGACGCAGACGCAGAAGUCACUGAAGAAACCCCUUCUGUGAGUGCCCCAGAGGAAACGGAAGUGGAAGCGGAUCCCCCAGCAACUACAGCUGAGGUAGCGGACAAUAACGAAGCUGAUGCUAUCUCAGAUUCCACUCCGGCUGUCAGCUCUUCCCCAACUGCGAUGCCUGUGCAGGAAGAGCCAGGCCCAGUUGCCUCCCCCACUGAGGUCACCUGUGUUCCCCUUCCUGUAAGUGGUGUAAACUUGGUGUCAAUCCUCGCCUCAGCCAAGGACAGCCGGGAGGCACGGAGCAAGCGCAGGGUAACCUUCGCUGAGGAGCCUGUGGAUGCGGCUUUCUCCCCCGAACCUCGGGAAGAUGGAGAGGAAGAUAAUGAAGACAUUUCUUCCUCCACUCAAGAAGAUGUUCAGGAUGAUGAUGAUGAUGCUGCAACAGCUGCUGAUCAGGAAGGUCAGUCAGAAGUACCGACUGAGCAAGCAGAAGGUUCUGGAAGUGCAGUGGCUGACUCCACCAGCCAGAAGGACACGGAAGAUUCCUCCGCACCUUCUCAGGCAGAGGCAGAGGCAGAGGAUGAUGACAGUGAUGAGCUGUCGGAGGCAGAUUUCCUCAGCAAGAGUCCCCUAGCGCGACUGGCCACAGAGUUGUUGGCUUUGUGGAGUACGCUCAAGGAAAUUUUCAAGAUUCCAAAGAAGGAGCGGGUUGAGGAGAGAAAGAGGACAGAAAGAGAACUGGAUGUAUUGUCCAAAAAGGAGACUGGUACAUCAGAUCCAUUUGCCAAGUGGAAGAAGUCGACUGCUCGAUUUUCACACAGGAAAAGAUCCAUAGAGGAGGAUGACAGGAAAGUCAAAGAGCCUCGACUGAGCAAAGCUGAACGGCGACAGCGGUUUGAGGCUCAAGUGAAGGCUCAGGAUGAGUUGGCUGCCCAGGCCUAUGCGGAGGAGCAGGAGCGUCAGAGGGAGGCCUACAUAGUGCACACCACCCGGCUCAUGCAGGACCCAGACUACUUCCGCUUCCACCAGCAGCAGCAGGAGAUGGGGUUCGAACCCAGGAUGGACCCCGCCACUGGCCAGCCCCUGCCCUUAGGUCAUGAUGUCUUUAUAGAUCCCAACACAGGGCAGCCUAUGAUUGACCCGGCUACGGGCCAGCCUCUAGCGGUGGAUCCCAGUACAGGCCAGCCCUAUGUAGACCCCAGCACGGGACAGCCAUACAUAGACCCCAACACUGGUCAACCCUUUUUGGAUCCAAACUCUGGACAACAUGUGAUAGAUCCGAACACUGGACAGCCUUUAAUUGACCCCAACACUGGUCAUCCCUACAUAGACCCGAGUUCAGGUCAGCAUUUAGUAGAUCCAAACACAGGGCAGCCGUACUUUGACCCAAAUACUGGCCAGCCGGUGAUAGAUCCAAACACGGGUCAACCGCUGAUAGAUCCCAGUACAGGCCAGCCUUUGCUACAGCACCCCUCUCAGAUAGACCCAGCCACUGGUCAGCCUGUCUUAAGCCAUGCCGUGGACCCCCACAGUGGGCAGCUGAUGCCGCACUAUGACCCUCACACAGGCACUCACAUAGAUCCCCACACUGGACAGCCUGUGCCGGCGGGUGCUCACACUCAAGUGGAUCCGCACACAGGCCUGCCACUGCCAGGGUUGGGUCUAACUGCCCCGGAUUUUCCUGCUCAGCCUCCAGGCCAACAGCUGUCGGCUUCAAACGCAGUAUUGCUGGAGCCUGACAUGGAAGAGGAAGUCCCCCCACCACCCUCGCCCCCGACUGUUCCUGUGUCCAAGUUGCCACCAAAUUGGAAAACGGCUAAAGAUGCAGAAGGUCGCAUUUAUUACUACCACGCAUACACUAGGCAAACCCAGUGGGAUAUGCCCACAGGUGAGGAGAAUGAGGACGACUCUGAGAACGAUAUGGAUGUGGACCCUGUACCAAUGGAGGACAUUGUCAAAAAUAAAAAGAAACCCACGACAGCAGCGGCAGAUACAUCAACUGAGGCAGCCCGACGGAUCAAGGAACAGUUCCGUAGCAAAAUGUCGGGUUUCAUCGUGACAUUCUUGAACCCUUUUCGCAAACAGGACUGCAAGGUCGGCCGUAUCACUUCCACUGAUGACUUCAAGCACUUGGCUAGGAAGCUGACCCAUCAUGUAAUGUCCAAGGAGCUCAAGCACUGUCGACAUGUGGAAGACCUGGAGGUCAACGAGAAUGUCAAGGCUAAAGCCAAGGACUAUGUUCGCAAGUACAUGUCUAAGUUUGGCCAACACUACAGAAAAGUCUCGUCACCACAGCCAGACGAGGCGAUGUUAUGAUAAUGGAUGCCAGUAGAUCCGGUUUACGCACAGUUCUUUGUUCUCCUGGUCCCUCUCUCGGUGAAGGCAGCACAGCUGUGUGGUACUGAUAAAUGUGUGCGUGUGUGUGCGAAGGAUAUGUCGGAGUGUGCCUCUGUGUGUGCAUGCAUUUGCGUAAAUGUGUGUGUUUGUGUGUGUGUAUGCAUGUUGGUGUAUGUCUUUUUUUCUCAUUUGACAUACUUGGCCCACUGUAGUGCAACUGGCACAUUUUAUGAGACAUGUUUUUAAGAUUGUUUAGCAAGGCUAGCAUAACUACAUUAGAGUCUGAUUGGCAAAAGUGAACGCCCCUCUUGGAGCUGGAAGUGAUUAGAACUCGAAACACUUUUGCUGUGGACGAGUUAUACUCUCACUUUUCCUCUUAGUCUGGUCCAUAUCACUGUCAUGCCUUCACUAUUUUUUGGUUUGGAUUUUGAUAUGCAAGAAGGUGAUAUCACUGUUAACAGAUGGAUGCGGAUGAGUCUCUGUCAUUCACUCCUAUUCUGUCUACUGCACUUUCACUGAAGGAAGAAGACUAGAAAGUGUUUUUUAUUUUCUGCUUAGAAUGUGAAGUCAAAAGAUAUCACCAAAUAAAAAGUGUGUUAAACAAUUUGUUAUGGACAAAAGAGUCAAAAUGUAUUGUUUUUAUUCCUCAAAGAAAUGUUUCCCAGUACUUUAUUUCUGCCUGGUGGAUGUCUGGUCAAUGUUGUUGCUUUUUUUGCUACCAUAGGGGAGGACUUCAUCAGUCAUGGGGAAACUCAGGGACAUAAACUUGAGGCUUUUUAGAAUCUUUUGCUAUUGAUGAAGAAGCAAAGAGAGCUGGAUUUAUUCAGAUAAGUGUAAUAGGGUUUGCCUCUUUUGUUUUUUUCCUCUGUACUGUCUAUUCAUUUAAUUUUUUAAAAUAUUCAUCCUCACUAAGAGGAAAAUGUUUGGAUAAAAGAUGUGGAGAUUCGGUUGAUCCCAAGAUAGAGUUUUCAUGCAAUGGAUUGAGAAAACAGUAAGACAGAAGUGUCAUGAUUUCAAACAUUCUGAUCUGGUGAGUAGUGAUAAAUGAUUUUAAAGGUUCUAACAUUAGUAAUAUUGCUAGUGAGCAACUGAGAAACAUGAACUAGUGAUUGUAUGCAUGUUUAUGUUUAGGAUAUUACAUUGUUCUUGUGUUUGAGAUGAGUGAGUGUGUGUGUACAUAGAGAGAGAGCCAGAGAGAGAGAGAUAAAGAGUCUAGAGCACUUGUGGUUUGCCGUUACACAACUUGAUCUCAGGCAGUGGUGGUCAGAACGUCUGCUGAUUUCCAAAGUGUGCCACACACUGUGUGUCCUACUUUUCUGAUGUCAUGAAGACAGAUCAACAAAGUAUGGAGAUUUUGAUAGAAUGUCUGUUGUCAUUGUGAUUAGUGCCAACUACUAAUUUUUGAGGGAAGGCAAAGUAACCUUCAAGAGCAUACAUUUUCAUUCAUGUAUGUUUCCUUAGAAAUUCUUUUAUCUUGCUUUUGAAGAGCUCGUGGUUUAUAUGCUGUACUAAAAGGAUGAUUUUAAAAAAUCUUUGUACCGAUAAAUUUUCCUGCUUGGAAGUACGCAAGAUAGAGAGCCAAGUUGUAAACUUUUCACAAUUGGACCCAAGAGAAAUCAUAUUCUGUUGAGCCUACCGAUGUUAGAAAGUGAAAUAUGAUUUUUUAAAUUACAAAAUUUGAGCUGACCAUGAAGUUUGACGAUGGGAGUGAGCCAGCUAUGGUGGGCGAUGUGACUGUGGUCAGAAAGCUGUUCUUUUCUACAGAGCCGCCAGCUGCUCACUCAGCCUUGUGCUCCUCCAGCAGCAGCAGCUGAGAGUGCUCUUAUAGAACUUCUUUGUUAUGUUGUCCACUUGCCAUUCCAUGAGUUUCAAAAUACUUAACUGUACUUCAGGAAUAUUUAAGAAGUCGGCGUCUUGUUUGAUGUGUGUGGAGCACAGGAGUGGGGUAAAAUAGAGAAUGUGGUUGCACUGUUUUCAUGUUGACAGUUUUCAGAUUGUAAAUGAAUAUUUUAUAUGAAGAUUGUGCUGGCAUGGUUGUUAUACAUGAAAGUUGUUACUUUUGUUUGUUACUUAUGUAAUUUGAUUUUGUAGAAAAAUUCUUGUGGCCAGGUUGCUUUUUGUGUUUUAAAAACUGGAAUUCAGUUUGCUUAGGUUUUGUAAUAUACGGCCAUUUUAUCUUUUAAGCAUAAUGUUUUAUUUUUGUAAUUUGUUGCCAAAUGAGUUUCAAGAAAAAUUGGUAUUUUUGUCCGUGAGAUCACCUUUGUGAGUGAUAAUUUCUUGUGCAUGGUUCUGUACAUUUUUUCAUGACAAUAAUGAAAUGAAUAAAAAAAAAAAAAGUUUUAAAAA